AUGCACAAAAAAAAAGCGGAUUUAUUUAAUGAAUAUUUUGUAAGUGAAGCGAACGUUGAUGACGCAUAUCAUGAACUACCAGUCCUAGAUUAUUAUUCUAAUCACACAGAUAAAACGUUGUCUAUAGUUCAAACAACAGAAGAAGAAGUGAUUAAUCUCCUCUAUAAAGUUGAUAUUACAAAAGCUAGCGGUCAUGAUGGUAUUGGCAAUAGAAUUAUUAAAUUAUGUAGCCGUGGAAUUGCCAAAACAUUUACAUGUUUAAUUAACACAAGUCUCCGAAUAGGAGAGUAUCCAACUGAAUGGAAAAAAGCAAAUGUAACUCCUGUCUAUAAAAAAGAUGAUCAUCAAUAUAAAAAGAACUAUCGCCCCAUAUCACUUUUACCGUCUAUAUCCAAAAUACCAGAAAAAAUUGUAUUCACUAGACUAUAUGAAUUUUUAUUAGAAAUUAGAUUCCUUAAUGAUUUUCAGUCCGGUUUUAGACCAGGAGACAGCACUGUGAACCAACUUACGUAUAUAGUUCAUAAGAUCUAUGAAGCUCUAGAAAUGGGUAAAGAAGUCCGUAUGGUGUUUUUAGAUUUUAGCAAAGCGUUUGAUAAAGUAUGGCAUAAAGGUUUAUUGUAUAAAUUAAAAUCUCUUGGAGUAAAAGACCCACUUUUAAGCUGGUUUUGUAGUUAUUUGUCUGAUAGAAAACAAAGAGUUAUCAUUGAGGGGCAAUGCUCGAGCUGGCUUAGUGUUGAAGCUGGUGUUCCACAAGUUUCAGUGCUCGGGCCAUUGCUUUUUCUAAUAUACAUAAAUGAUAUUUCUAGCAAUAUUGUAUCUGACUGUUUUCUCUACGCUGAUGAUACAUCUUUACUUGAAAUUGUUGAUAAUUUAUCAUCUUUUGAUUCUAGACUAAACGAGGAUCUCAAUAGCAUUAACCAAUGGUGUAUGGAAUGGUUGAUGGAAUUGAAUCCUACUAAGUGA